AUGAAUACAGAUCAACAGAGAAAUAAGCUGACAAUGCCGCUGGCACCAACACUUCUGGCUUACAUAAAACACGAAUAUCCAGAUCUGGGCCCCAUCAUUGUAUCCACUAUUGAGUAUACUGUAAAAGAAUCAAAGAACCAUUACAUAGACGUGAUGAGAGCCUUAGAGCCACUGCUAAAAGACGGUACUAAAAGCUUUGUAGACAAGCUGUUUAUGUUUAGAAAGAAGAUGUGCAAAGAUGCGUCAAACUGCAACCGGCCCAUCUGCCUGUUUGCACAUGACGAGGACGAGCUUGUGGGAUCAAAAAAAAGUGCGGCAGCCGAGACCUCUGCGAGUAAGAAGUUCAAAAUUGAUAAUUCUGAGGUUAUAUUCAAUAAGGUGGAUGAGUCAAGGUUCUCAAUUGAGGAACUCAAAGAGUAUGCACAGAAAUACGGAGUCAUUACAUCAGUAAGAAGGCUGAAUAAGGGAAAGUACCUGGUAGUAUUUGAAGAUCCCGACUGUGCCAGAAGGCUUGUCGAGUGUGCUGGUUUUGUCCUCGACGACCCUGAGAUUAAAAAGUUUUUUAAUAUAAAUGUACCGCUGGAUCAAAAUAAAAAGGUAGAUUUGAACCAGCUGUUUCAGGACCAGAAAGACCUGCUUGACCGCCUUACUGUUUCGUUUGACUCUGAUGUUUUGUCUGAGCUUAAAAUGGUGACUUUUAAAAUCAGACAUCAUGUUCUGUCUACAGAUAAGAAAUACUGCGAGUCACUUGCUUCAAGCCAGAAGAAUGAAGAAGCCAGUAUUGACAUUGAAUCGAGCAUAUACUACAACAUGUUUGCCGAAUAA